UGAAUUGAAAGCAAAACGUUUAAAUACAGCCGGAAGGGUAGAGCGGAAGUUCAGCUUUCAAGAGAUGGGUUCCGCAUAUCUCGUCGUGAAUAGCCGCCCUUUCUGGUCGAACUCGUUUACUGAUGAAAGCCCUCGAAUUCUUCAGCGUCGUCCAUCGACCUCUGUAAGAAUUUGGUGCUCAUCUUCUUAUCCAGAUGUCUCUGUACGAACUGAGAAACUUGAGAAAGACUCUUCUGUGACUGGUGGUGCAUAUGAUUUCAAAGGAGCAACAACAUCGCUUACUCAUGAAUUGUUGUCUUCACCAAAAAAGGUGACCCUUGUCAGGCAUGGUCUUAGCUCUUGGAAUGAAGAAAGCAGGGUUCAGGGAAGCUCAAACUUGUCCAUCUUAACAGACACUGGAGCAAUACAGGCAGAUAAGUGCAGGAGAGCGUUAGCGAAUAUAUGCUUUGAUCAGUGUUUCUCUAGUCCUAUUUCUCGUGCCAAGUCAACUGCUGAAAUUUUAUGGCAAGGGAGGGAAGAACCACUGGUUUUCCUUGAUUCACUGAAAGAGGCCCACCUGUUCUUUCUAGAGGGCAUGAAAAAUGUGGAUGCUAGGAAGAAAUAUCCAGAGGAAUUUCGUACGUGGAGAGAAGAUCCAGCUAAUUUUUAUGUGAACGGUGUCUACCCUAUUAAGAGACUAUGGGGAACAGCACAAGAAGCGUGGAUGGAAAUCUUAUCUGCACCUGGGGAAAAUUUUUUGGUUAUUACACACAAGUCGAUCUUGAGAGCACUGGUUUGCACUGCGCUUGGGCUUGGCCCUGAGAGGUUUCGUGCAGUUGAUGUAAAUAAUGGCGGGAUUUCUGUAUUUAGCUUCAACAGACGAGGAGAAGCUAUGCUCCAAUCCUUGAACAUGACAGCCCAUAUGUACAGUGAUCACACCUAUCAUUAUUAGAAGGAUAUGAUGCAGUGCUGCAUUAGGUGGUGCAAAAAGAAGCCAGACCAUUACACUGGGGUCUAAAGCAACGACACAUUAUUGCAUGGGAGAAGAAAACACAGGAAGUGAAAUCAACAUUAAUAUGCUUCCACCAAAGAAACACUAUUUACAAAGUUGAGAUAAAAA